AUGAGUUCCCCCUCCAGUCAGCAGAAGAAGACCGCCGUUAAGCGGCGACGUAGGGGAAAGGCUAGCGGGGGAAGAUAUGCAUCACCAGCCUCUUCGCUCUCAUCACUUUCUUCCUCCUCCGACUCCGAUUCGGACCGACCAUCCCGCAAUAAAGCGGACGUUCUCAGCGACAGUUCUGCCGCGUCUGACGCCAAGCCACCCUCUUCUGUCUGGCCUUCACGCGGUCGUCGCGGCAACCCGAAGGGUUCAGGUUCCGUCAGGAGGAAUCAUAACGGCCCAGGUCCAGCUACCCAACGUCUUGCCAGCAGUGGAAACAAAAAUUCUUCGGGGGCUCCUAGUUCUCUGCCGAAAACGGUGGCUACUUUUCCUGGACGACGGCGUGGUCGUCCACCACUACAUUCAAGGCCGUCUACUCGAGGAAGGGGUCGUGGAGCUAUGAAUCAUAAAGCGAGUAGGCACGACGACACGGAUGACGAGCGACCAUCUGAUAAUGAAGAUGAAGAUGACGAGCUCACUGAUCGU